AUGGCUAACCGAUGCCAUGUUAGAUCAAUUAGCUUGCCUUCCAGAUCACAUCCUACCACUCUCAAAAUCCAAGAAGAGCUUAACAAGCUCAGAACAUUGGAGGCAUCAUCUACAUCAACAUUGGAGACAAUCUGCAAUGGCCUAUCUGGACUGCAAGAGUUGUACAAAUGCUUGGAUGAGCUUCUUGGUUUGCCAUCCACCCAACAAGCCCUCUCCCACCAUCAACAUGAGAAAUGGGUCAAUGACUUGUUGGAUGGACCAGUGAGAAUUUUAGAUGUUUGUGGCUCUGUAAGGGAUGUUAUAGCACAAUUUAAGGAAAAAAUCCGAGAUCUUCAAUCUGCUCUCAGGAGGAGAAAAGGAGAUUUGUGCGUUGAAAGCAGCAUCAGCAAUUACAUUUGUUCAAGAAAGAAGAUGAAGAAGGAUUCCAAAAAGUUGCUGGCAGCAAUGAAGAAGAUGAAUAGCAACACUGAGGCCUCUCCACUCUUCAAUCAAGAUCACCAGCUCUCCACAGUGAUCAGAGUGCUCACAGAAGUUAAUGCAAUGAGCAUUUCUAUCUUCCAGUCACUUGUGUUGUUCUUGUCCACACCAGUGUUGAAGUCAAAACCAAGUAAGUGGUCACUGGUUUCAAAAUAUAUGCACAAGGGGGUAGUUUCUUGUGAAGACAAACAUGACAAUGUGAAAGAGUUGGAGAAUAUAGACUUUGCAGUAAGCGCCCUUUCAAAUGGAAGAGCAGACUUGGAGAAGAUGCAAAUCACUCAUAAAGGACUGGGGGCUUUGGAGGUCAGCAUCGAAAGCCUUGACAAUGGUUUGGAGUGCAUGUUUAGACACUUGAUCAAAACAAGAGCCUCUCUCCUCAACAUCAUCUCUCACUAG